UUAGCUGGUCGCACAUGCUUUAACCGAAGCUCACACACAAGCAUGGUGCAUUAGAAAAUAUUAAUGGGUGCUGUUUAAUUAACAGUGUGGACAUCUGAAAACGCAGAGAUUCAAAUAGUGGGACUCAUUCAGCGAGGAGAAGACAGCUCAACAUCGUGUGGGAGAGAACACUCGACAGUGGGAAACGGACACGGAAAACGUCCACGUGGCUCAGUUUCGCCUAACAAGCUUCCUUCAUGAAUGAGUGGGUGGGCCCCGACAUUGAUGUGGUGGGACCACUACAAAUCCCACCCACAGAUGAAUUUUCCAUCUCAGAGAACUCCCAUUUAUUUGAUAUUCUGGCAGAUCAGAGCAGUCCUCUGCUACAAGACCCUGACAUGUUACCGUUCAGCAGCUACCCGGGCAUGCAGUACACCAGCAUGGAGCCAAGCGUGCCCACACCAUAUUACUGUAGUCAGAACUACUACCCCCAGUACACCGGAGAGGAAUGGUACUCCCACACUGGCCUUUAUGAACUAAGAAAAGGAACUUUGGAGGCCAGGUAUGACGGUGAUAGGGAGGAGGUCUCUGCUGGCACGCCUGCUGUGUGCAAGAGGGCCCGGCACAUGUCACAGACUGGACGCAUCAAAGGGGAGGAGCUAUGUGUUGUCUGUGGAGACAAGGCGUCUGGCUACCACUAUAAUGCGCUCACCUGUGAGGGCUGCAAAGGUUUCUUCAGACGGAGCAUUACAAAGAAUGCGGUCUACAAGUGCAAAAGUGGAGGAAACUGUGAGAUGGACAUGUAUAUGCGCAGGAAAUGCCAGGAAUGUCGACUCAGGAAAUGCAAGGAGAUGGGCAUGUUGGCAGAAUGCCUGCUUACUGAGAUCCAGUGCAAAUCGAAAAGGCUGCGGAAGAACACCAAAGCCUCCCCGGGACAGUUGACUGGAGAUGAGACUGAGGGGGCAGACAACAAACAAGUCACAUCAACCAGCAAACUGUCAAAGGAAAAAAUGACUGAAGAGCAGCAGGCACUCAUAAAGGCCAUUUUAGACGCCUACAACAGACAUCAAAUUCCCCAAGAAGUCACCAAAAAGCUGCUACAAGAGGAGUACAGUGCUGAAGAAAAUUUUCUCCUCUUGACAGAAAUGGCAACAAGUCAAGUCCAAGUUCUGGUGGAGUUUACAAAAAAUAUCCCAGGCUUUGUGUCCCUGGAUCAUGAAGAUCAGAUUGCUCUGCUUAAAGGUUCAGCAGUAGAAGCCAUGUUUCUGCGCUCUGCUCAGGUGUUUAGCCGAAAGAUGCCCAGUGGACACACUGAACUCUUGGAGGAAAGGAUACGUAAAAGCGGCAUUUCAGAGGAGUUCAUCACACCAAUGUUUAACUUUUACAAAAGUAUUGGUGAACUCCACAUGGUGCCGGAGGAGCAAGCCCUCCUCACAGCCAUAACCAUCUUGACACCAGAUCGGCCUUACGUAAAGGAUCAACAGGCUGUCGAGAACCUGCAGGAACCUAUGCUGGACGUACUGAGGAAGCUUUGCAUUUUGCAGCAUCCGCAGGAUCCUCAGUACUUUGCACGGCUGCUUGGCCGGUUGACCGAGCUGAGAACACUCAACCACUAUCAUGCAGAAAUGCUUAUGUCGUGGAGAAUGAACGAUCAUAAAUUCACACCUCUACUCUGUGAGAUCUGGGACGUGCAGUGAAUAAACCUCACGCGAUGUAACAUGAACAUUUUCAACUUAAAAGUCAACGUCCACAAUGGUGCAUAUCAACUGGUAUACAAGUUUUAAAUA